AUGUCGCUGUUCGUGCUAUCUAGUAAGGAUGGUUGGGUUGCGAUAAUGUAUCAGGGUAUCGAUGCGACGGGCGUUGAUUUACAGCCGAUUGAAAAUUACAACGAAUGGCGGAUGAUUUACUUCAUAUCAUUUUUGCUGCUGGUUGGCUUCUUCGUGCUGAAUAUGUUUGUUGGCGUUGUGGUGGAAAAUUUUCAUAAGUGUAAGGAAGCGCUAGAAGCGGAAAUGAAAGAGCAGGAGCGACAGAAGCGUCUCGAGCGGGAACUCAAACGGCAGCAAUUCGAGAAUCAGUACGGGCACAGGAAAAAAAGACGGGAGAAGCUGCAGCCGUACUGGCAUAAUUACGGUCCAACAAGGCUGUUUUUGAACAAUGUCGUAACUUCGAAGUACUUCGACUUGGCCAUUGCUGCUGUAAUUGGUAAACUUUUGCUACAAAGUAUUCCA